GACAAAUAUAAAUCUAUUGUAGAAAUCAGUUAACAACUAAUCUAAUCUAAUUACUAAUUUAUUAUCUUUGCUUUUGAAGGAAUUAUUUUUUAGAAAUUGAGCGUUAUGAAUUCUUUAACACUGAUGCUUUACAAAUUGGACAGAGAGGUUGACAUUAAAACUUCUCUUUAUUUCAUCAAACAAUAUUAGGAAGUGGUGAAAUAUGUUUACAAAUGAGUUUAACAGCAACAUUAAUCCCCCCACAAAUUGGUAUUACAAAUGGUUUUUAUGUGACUUGUAUAUAAAUAUUCUGAGUGAUUUGAUCAUUUUAGCCUGAAAAGUUUCAUGUUGCUUCACUGUUAAGUUGGGUUUCACUGUAGUUUAAAAUACAGUUUGAAAAAGAGAGUUUUACUUCUUUGGCUCCAUAGAUAGUUUGUGAUUUGGUAGCAGCUCCUGGUUCAACACAGCUGAGUGGUUUUACUUUGAAACUCAGCUGUUCUCACCUGUCAAACUUUGACUCAGUACAGUUUGUCUUAUCUGCUUCCCACUGUGUUUGCUAAUAAAACAUCUGGCUCAUUUGCUCCACCUCGGGGUUCACAGACGACAUGGAGGCGAUCCUGAGUGUCCUCGGCUUGGACUGGAUAGACCUCAGAGGUCUUCUGAUAUUUGUCUGUGUUUUUCUGCUGCUGACAGAUGUUUUGAAGUACAGAGUACCUAGUAACUUUCCACCAGGUCCGUGGUCUUUUCCUUUUAUCGGAGACCUUCUUCGCAUUGAUGCGUCCAAAAUUCACCUGCAGUUUAAAGAGUUUGCAGGGAAAUAUGGGAAUGUCUUCAGUCUUCGUUUGUUUGGCGGAAGGGUUGUCGUCAUCAAUGGCUACAAGCUGGUGAGAGAGACUCUUAUCCAGCAAGGAGAAAACUUCACCGACCGUCCCAACAUCCCGUUGUUUGAAGCCGUAGCUCAGAACAAAGGUCUUAUAAUUUCCAGCGGUAAUCCAUGGAAGCAGCAGAGGAGGUUUGCUCUUCACACUCUCAGAAACUUUGGUCUGGGAAAGAAAACCCUGGAGCGAUCCAUCCAGCAGGAGUGUCGGUAUCUCACCGAGGCUUUUGCUGAUCUACAAGGUCAGCCGUUUAAUGCCCAAAAACUGAUCAACAACGCCGUGGGCAACAUCAUCUGCUGCUUGGUCUUUGGGAGUCGAUUUGAGUACAACGACAAGCAGUUCAGGAUCAUCCUUCAACACUUUGACGAUUCACUCUACUUACAAGGAACUGUGUGGGCACAGAUUUACAACGUGUUUCCCUGGCUGAUGAAAUGGCUGCCUGGACCUCAUCAGAGGAUUUUCACUAUAUCACAUGAAAUAUUAGGUUUUAUUAAAGUAAGGGUUCAAGAGCACAGAGAGAACCUGGACCCUUCAUCACCCAGAGACUACAUCGACUCCUUCCUCAUAGAGAUGGGAGAGAAAGAAGACAAGGAUUCUGGUUUUGAUAUCGACAAUCUGUGUUUUUGCACUCUGGACCUGUUUGGUGCUGGAACCGAAACCACCACCACCACUUUACACUGGGGGCUGCUGUACAUGAUCUUGAACCCACAAAUACAAGAGCGAGUCCAGGCUGAGAUAGACGCUGUGAUUGGUCCGUACAGGCAGCCGUCUACGGCUGACAGAGACAACAUGCCUUACACCAACGCUGUCAUCCAUGAGAUGCAGAGGAUGGGGAACAUCGUCCCGCUCAAUGUGGCCCGCACAGCUAACCAGGACACUACAGUGGAUAAAUACACCAUCCCAAAGGGCACCAUGAUUCUUGCUAUACUGGACUCAGUUUUACACGAUGAGUCCAUGUGGGAAACUCCGUACACCUUCAAUCCUCAGCACUUUCUGGAAAAGGACGGCAAAUUCAGGAAGAGAGAAGCAUUUCUCCCCUUCUCUGCAGGUAAACGUGUGUGUCUUGGGGAGCAGCUGGCCAGGAUGGAGCUGUUCCUCUUCUUCACCUCCCUCCUCCAGAGGUUCACGUUUUCAUCUCCUCCAGGAGAAAAGCCCAGUCUGGAGUUCAAACUGGGACUCACUCGCUGUCCGAAACCUUACCGCCUCUGUGCCGUUCCACGUUAACCUGCUGACUGAUGACAAAAAACAACUAUAAAAUUACUAUAAAAUGAAUCGUAAUGGCAGUCAACAUGAAAAUGAACCUAUAAAGUGCAAUAAAGAUUAAAAUGUUUAGAAAAUGGCUGUUUUAGGAAAAAAACGUGAUUUUAUUGGACCAGACUCAUUAGAUAAGCCUUUCAUUUAAACUGCAUUUGCCCAAAUAUCAUGAAAACACUUUCGUGUAAUCAAACUACCUAAGAUAUUUCUUGCAUGUACUUUCUGUUUAGCAACACAUUUUUUUAGAUUUUGCAUUCUUAUUUUUUGUCUCAAUGUCCAUCUCUUUUAAAGUAGUAUUAACAGUACUUUGAACAAAUCUUCAAUUCAGUCGGUGCUAUUUUCUUGUUUAUUUUCCUUGUAAUUACUUUCAGGAUAAUCAUCAAGUCUCACAAAUGUUUGGCUGGAAUCGUUAAUGGUUUAAGAAUUCAAAAUGCAGAUUUACAAGGAUUUGCAGGUGACCACGUGUUAUGACUUGGGUCAGAGGUUUUCAAGUUGGGAGUGGCGGCCCCCAGUGGCGUUUUGGGAGCACUACAAGAGGGUGUUGUAAAAUUUCAGAAUGAUUUGACAAAUUCAGUUGUUUUUUUUUUUUAUUCAAAGUUGUCUUUCAAUACACACUAACAUGAAGUCAACAUGCAACAUAUUCAAUAAAGGAGCCAUUGA